GUUAUUUAUUGCGUUUUCGUUUUUCUUCACCCCUUGCGUUUCCUUCUGCAACGUGUUGAAAGUUUGAAGAAUUUUACUUAUUUAACUUAUCUCGCGUCUUAUAAUUCAACUAUUAAUUACAAUUCGUCUAAAUAUGAGUUUGUCAAGCAUAAUCAUUUGCAGUAAUCGUCUUGUCUCUAAGAUCAUAACAGCCAAAAUCUGUGAUGGCAGUCGUCUCAAAUGGAGGCCUGUCAUGUCUCAGAGAGCCCUCAGUCAGUUGCAGCGGAAGGAUGAGGAAACAUUUGAUCCAGACAAACCGGUGGUGUUUUCAUCAAGUCCAGCUGCCAUAAGUCCUAAAUUAGUAAUUGUAAAUAGAGUCCCUGUAUCUGAUAUCGAAAGAAUGCCCUGGCACCAUCCACAUGCUACUCUUAUUAGCUCUAUGAUUUUCAUUAUCUAUUUUUUUUACUUGCGUGAGGAGAAUGAUAUUGACCUUGCGAUAUCAGGGUCAAACACAGAAGAGUAUGCAAAGAAAAUUUACGCCAUGCAGAAGGCUGCGGAAGCAGAAGAAAGAAAGAAGGGUGCCAAUCGAACAUGGUAGAAAGCAAAGCAGAAGUUCCCUUGCUUAUCCUAGAGAUAGCCUCGCCUCACGCGUGUCAUUUUUGUCAACUGCACAACAGCUUCUGAAGGGUUGAAACUAUCUCUUCUGAAGCUAGAAGUGAAUUUGUAGCUGAAUUCAAAUUGGAGGAACUGAAAUGAUAAUCGAGCCAUUCUUCAAAAAACAACAGAUGCAAUUUGCAAUGAUGCUUAAAUUGUGUAUCAUGUAUUCAAUUUGCAAUCAUAUGAUAAGGAGCCCGUGGUGACAUUUUGAACCCAAAAAUGUAGCCUAAUUUUACCGAUUUCCUCAUGAAAAUUGUGCGUGUGUGUUCGUUUGAUCUGAUACAAAUUAUGUUCAAAGUUAGACAGUCUGAAUAGCAUUUCAAAGCUCUGGGUCAUAUCUGCAAAAAAGAGACUCAACUUCUACAUCAUGGUGCUGAAGAGUCUGCAGUAGAACUGUAAAGGCAAGAUUUGAAUGAAAGUAUUUGUUGCACAUUUUCUGUACGAAAUUUUGCUCGGCAAACAUGGUGCAUUGUGUUUGAAUCAUGAAAAAGAGGCAUCAGCACCUUGCAUUUUAAAUGUAUAGGAACCAAUUUUAUCUCUUCUUGUGAUUGAGGGGCUUGGAGGGCAAGGUGCAUAAGUGCAGUUUUUGAAAAAUUGAGAUAAGUAUUAAUGAUUUCACGUAAAACUUGAUCCAUAUUCUGCGAAAAAUUUUCUCCCAAAUUCUGAUUUUUACGCAUCAAAAAGUCAGUUUAAACUUUCUCUCCGCUGUAAGGGUCCAUGUAAUUCGGAAACUUGUAACGCCUCCAGAUGCUUGUAGUGUAAUUUUCUUUCAAAUUCAAAGAAGCGCAGUGUUGUUAAAAUGUUGCUGCAACCUUUUCAGCUCAAUUUUUGCUGCUCAUGGACGGUCAUUUGUCCAGUCCAGUGGCAAACUUUCUCCAACUUUCUCAAGAGGCGAGCCCCUCAUAGGAAAGGAAGGAGUCCUCCCCUGAUAAAAGAGGGCAGAAGAUCCUAAAGAGGCCCUAAAUGGCUCUGCGAUAUUUGGACCGCGUUAAUCAGAAAGGAACCAAGCCACAUCAGCUAUUGCCAAAUUUAAUUGGGGGCAAUUUAAUUUUUUACAUGAAAACGGUUGUGUGGAUUUUCGUGCAAAUUUCAGUCAAAAUUCUCCGUGAUGCGUAGCAAAUUCCUUAAAAUUUUCAAAGAAAUCCGAACAACCGUUCUCUCGUAAAAAAUUUAACUGCCCAGUUAAACUUGGCAAUCGCUGAUGUGGCUUGGUUCCUUUCUGUUUAACUCGGUCCAUUUCUGUGUAACAAAGUGCCAGACGGGGCCAUGAAUAACCUGUCAAAAGGCAUCCUGCGUGUCCCCUAUCGGCAGAAGUUUAGAGGGCGAUCGUCUCCUCAUGCCCGUGAGCCAGUUCGCUCCUUGUCAAGUCCUUGGUAAUUUUUAAUCACAGCACCAAUGUUUGAAAAUACCCGGGAGCCUCUUCAUGAACGUUCUGUACAGUGUAACCUUUAAUAACUUAGCCAUAAUAAUGUCCUGUAAGCUUGUUGUUCUGAAAUCGUACAGCCUGGAGCCUUUGACCUAAAUGUGCACAAAAUGAAGUUUUUGCUUUCUAGUCCUUUUUUUCUCUUUCUCCUACUGUUUCUUACAGUUAAGGUGUUGGGAGCAGGAAGGGCCUUUUUUAGUCGUGCUGUUUCAGAAUCUUCAGUGCUAAUUUUUAUUUUAGAGAGGAAACUAUUCAGUGAAUUUUUUUAAAUUAUAAAUAUUCAGCACUGAAAAACCAUAGAGAAUAUUCAGUAGAAGUUACAACAAGUUGCAUUUAUUUGCUUCAAUUAUAAUGGAUGAAACGUUAGCGGAGAUUUUGAGACACUGCAACCAAGAAAUGCCCUUUUGCACCCAGCGUUUUAAUUUGGUAUCUUGAUGAUUUGUCAUUGGUUUGUAAUUAUGAAUUUAAGUAAUAAAGGCAUUGUUAUAUUUUUAA